AUGAACACAGAAAAAACUAACAAAGGCAAAGUCUUAAGUUUAAGCACUAACUACGAGCACUUUCGGUUUCAGUCUACGCCGGCCAAAUACGCUCGAACUUGCUUGGGAGGACUAUUGCCAGAUCUUAGAAUGAAGUGGUCAACGUUGCUGUUUCCUGUCCUGGCUCUUGCGGCUCUCGCUGGGGCUGCGGACUGGAAGCCAGCAAUGUCGAGAAAAGAGUUCAGCGCGGGCUACGCCCUGACGUAUUUUGACGACUCCCCUGUGGUGCUUAUUAUAGACGACGGCAGCCUGUACAUAUCGGAAGACAAUGCCAAAAAUUGGCAAAAGGUGGAUCUCAAAAAUUCUGCUGGACAAGAGGUUAAUUUUACGAGUAUUCACACCGUGGAUUAUGCCAAAGAGCUGGGAUUUGCUCUUUCUACCUCCAAAACACAAUUCUACACGCGCGAUCGCGGAAAGACUUGGACUCCUUUUGAGGUCGAUCACAGUGGCAGCCAGUUCAGCUUGGGACAGGUCCAGGUCAACUAUGCCAACCACGAUUACCUCCUUUUGAGUUUUGAGGACUGUUCUGCGGGCGCGCAGUUCUUGUUUGAGUGCAAAAAAACCUGGUUUUUCAGCGACGACGGGCUGAAGACGCCUCCCAAAAAGGUGGACUACGACGACUUGGACCACUGUCUUUUCGCCAAGAGCAACAAAGCGUUUACGGCAGGACCGGACGAAAAGAUUCUAUGUUCCAAAGUUGGCGGAGACCAGAGGAGUGCCGACAAAAAAGGCGGGCUUCUGACCACCAACGACUUCUUCAAGACCAUAUCUUCGCCUUCGGCAGAGUUCGACAAGAUGAAUCUUGUGAAGAUUGAGGUGGUCCAGUCGUUCAUUAUUGCCACCGUGUCCGUUGACAAGUACACUCCUGAUGCAGAGAUUAUACUAUUUAUUUCCAAGGACGGGGAUACAUUCAGACGGGCAUAUUUCGAGGACCAGCUCAAGUCGUGGAUGUUUAGAAUAUUGCCGUCCACGCCACAAUCGCUCUACAUUGCCAUACAGGGCCAGCGUCAGCCAAGAAACGCUGCACUGAAUGCAGAUUUGUACAAGUCGGACUCGUCAGGACUUUUCUUUGACAAGAUUUACGAGAAUUUUUUGGCGAACGCGCUGGGAUUGUCGGACAUCACGAUGGUGCAGGAGGUGGAAGGAGUUAUUUUAUUGUUGAACCACGAAAACGCCGACCAGGAUGGCGCCUCCCCGCUGGCUAAGUCCAGAAUUUCGAUAGAUGACGGAAAGACAUGGCAGUAUCUCAAAACUACGGAUGACGAUGACUGCGACGGGGACUCCGAGUGUUCGCUCAAUUUGAUGUGGACUGCGAUCAGAAACACAAACGGGAACUUCGUUACCGGCCCCACGCCUGGAAUCCUCGUUGGAAUAGGAAACACCGGAAAGUACCUGACGUAUGACCUAAAGGAGCUCAAGACUUACGUUUCCAGAGACAACGGUCUGACUUGGAAGAAAGUUACUGACAAGUCUGCUAUAUUCACGUUCGCGGACCUCGGAAACAUUAUCGUCGCCAUCCCGAUCGACAUGUCGCACCUGAUGGACGCACGGCUGGACCCAAACACUCUUCCAAACUCGUUCUUGUACUCUCUUGACCAGGGAGACUCCUGGACAGAGGUUGACUUUGGUGACCAUAUACUGCCGCUCGAUGUGUUCACGUCUCUGGACGGCAGCACGCAGCAGGUUCUCGUCACCGGAGAGGAUUCCUCGUUUUCCAAGGUCAUUCUGUACGCCAUAGACUUUACGGGCGCGUUCGAGAGAACGUGUUCUGACGACGAUUUUGAGGACUGGUACGCCAGAAAGCUCCCAGACAGCGACACUCCAGUCUGUGUUCUGGGACACAAGGAGAAGUUUAGAAGACGGAAGCAAAAGGCGGAGUGUUUUGUGAACCAUCCGUAUGAGGACCUGAAAGUUAUAGAGGAGCCUUGCAAGUGCACGGUUGACGACACUGAAUGCACAUUUGGCUUCAUCAAAGGCGAGAAUGAUAUGUGUGAGCCGGUGUUGGAGGUGUUAGCUGCGAAUCAGUGCGCCAACCAGAAGGGCAGCAUCAAAAUCACGACGAGGCAGAUGAUUCCGGGCGACACGUGCGAUCCAAAGGGUGGUUACGAGAUACAGAAAGAUGACUUUACUUUCGAUUGCGAGAAAGAUCUACAGAACAUGACGGCUCCUGUGAAGGUUACCCACAUUCCACUGGGCGAGAGAGUCGCCGAGUAUUUCUAUCUCAACUACGACGCAGACGGUCUUCCGGACGAGACACUUUUUGUGAUCACCGAGAGCAAGUCUCUGUACGUCUCUUUUGACGGCGGCUCCUCGUUUGGCAAGUUACUGGGCGGCCAACACAUUGUCACAGGCGUGUACAGCAACCCUUACAAAGCAGACCAUGUCUACAUUUUGACCGAGGCGGACGCGCUCUUUUUCUCGCCCGACAGAGGAGUUUCGCUCUAUGAGUGCACGCUGCCGGUCAGGGGUCGCGAGUUCGACAGACUCUCGCUGACAUUUAACAAACACAAUGCCUCAGAAUUUAUCGUGCGUGCUGAACGGAACUGUGCAAACCUGUUUUCCAGCAGCUGUGUGGUGGAGACGUAUCACACGAAGAACUUCGGCGAAUCUUUCGAGCGUCUGGUAGCCGAUGCCAACACGUGCAAUUACGUCGGCUCGCUGUUUGACGACAAAGAAUACGCCGUCAACGAGACGCUGAUAGUGUGCGACCAACUCACCGAGGACCGCCAGGCUCUGCGAUUAAUCUCCAGCACAGACUACUUCCGAAAGGACAGCAAAACGCUGUUCGACAAGAUCGUAGGGUUUGCGCAGACAGGCAAGUUCCUCGUGGUAGCACGGCUGGACGACGACAACUCGCUGACGGCGUUUGUUUCUGCCGACGGCAAGGUUUUCGCCGAGGCCAAGUUCCCCAAGGACGUCAUGGUCACCAGACAGACAGCGUACACAAUUUUGGACGUCAACUCCGACCAGAUAUUCCUGCACGUGACCACGCACUCGGCCUGGCAGCGCGAGUUUGGCGCUCUAUUGAAGUCUAACUAUAAUGGCACGCUGUAUGUUCAGUCGCUGUCUCACGUGAACCGCAACGAGUUUGCGUUUGUGGACUUUGAGAGCGUGCAGAGCUUGGAGGGCAUAGCUACGGUCAACGUUGUGGCCAACUACGACGCCGUGGUGCGUAACGGCGACGAAAAGGCCGUCAAGACCAUGAUCACCUACAACGACGGCGCUGAGUGGGACUAUCUAGUUCCGCCGCCUGUGGACUCUGAAGGCAACAAGUACAAGUGCAGCGGCAAGAAGGAGUGCACGCUGAAUUUGCAUUCCUUUACCGAAAGAAACGAUCCGUCCAGAGAUACGUACUCGUCGGCUUCGGCUGUUGGAUUGCUGUUUGGAGUUGGAAACGUCGGCACGGCACUGCUGCCGUACAGCUCGCCGGAAACGGCCACUUUCUUCUCGAACGACGCUGGAGCAACAUGGAAAGAAGUCAAGAAGGGCAAUUACAUGUGGGAGUUUGGCGACCAGGGCACGAUUCUUGUGCUGGUGAAGCAAGGACUCACAAAUACGGUGUCGUACUCUCUUGACGAGGGCCAGACUUGGCAGGAUUACCAGUUUGCAGAGUCUCCAGCGAACGUCUGGGACAUUGCGACAGUCCCCUCGGACACGUCCCGCAAGUUCAUCCUGCUGGCCAAGGACGAUGCCGGCCGGGACGAGGUAUACAGUCUGAACUUUGCCGGUCUCCAGCGGCGCCAGUGUGAGUUGGUGGUGAACGACCACAGCGAGCUGGCCGAUUUCACGGACUACGAGUACUGGUUGCCUAAACACCCGUACCAGUCGGACAAUUGUCUGUUUGGCCACGAGGCCAGGUAUCCAAGGCGCAAGGCGUCGCAGUCGGACUGUUUUGUCGGUGCUGCGCCUCUGAACAAGCUGUACAAGAAGACCAAAAAUUGCAAGUGCACGCGUCACGAUUUUGAGUGCGACUAUAACUUUGUGCUGGCCGCCGACGGCACGUGCCAGCUGAUCAAGGGCCUCAAGCCGGAGGAUCCAAUAGAGUAUUGCCAGCUAAACCAGGACCAGGUCGAGUACUGGGAGCCGACCGGAUACAGGAAAAUACCAAUGAGUACCUGUGAGCAGGGACUAGAGCUGGACAAGUGGAUUUCCCAUCCAUGUCCGGGCAAGAAGGAGCAGUACAGGGACAAGUACGGCUCGGGAUUGCACGGGGCUGGUCUUUUCUGGGUGAUUUUCGCGCCGAUUGCCGCCUUUGUGGGAGCAGCCACCUUCGUCUACGACAGAGGAAUCCGCCGUAAUGGAGGCUUUGCGAGAUUUGGAGAGAUCCGUCUCGACGAGGACGAGGAAUUGCACUUGAUUGAGGAGACGCCUGUUGAUCGCGCUGUGAACAAGGUCGUGAGGGGCGGUCUUGUGUUUGUGAGCGCCGUGGUGGCGUUGCAGCACCGGCUCUCGAGUUUCCUGAAAAACGGCCUUUUCUCGCGGUUCAGAAGGGGCGGCCUCGACAACUACGAACGGUUUGCGUCGUUCAGCGACCGCAUCAUCGACGACGAGGACGAGUCGCUGUUCGACGUGAACGCCAACGACGACGACGCGCGUGAGAUCGACGACCUCGUUGACGAGGAGCGGUAG